AUAAGCUUUUCAGCCACUAUCUCUCUCUCUCUAGACCAUAACCUUAGCUACAAGGAAGCUUCCCCAAAUCCUUCCCCACCUGGCAUCUGCAUAGCAUUUCUUCCUCCAUCUUUCCUCGUGCUGGCCUCACUUGGCCGCGACCUCACAGUCUUGCCUCGCCUGCGACGAUUUCCCAUCGCCCGCGAAGUCUCUUGUUCUACGAGGUCUAGGUAGCCUGACAUGAGCUUAGCUACCGUCGACGACCCAACGCGUGAAGAGCUCCAACUAUUGGCGACGACGGAGACGGAGGAACAAGCCACUACCCUCUAUGACACCAUCCACAAUUCUCUCAUCUUGAGCCACAUUAUCCCCUAUUUGCCCGUGUCGAGUGUUGUGAACUUGGCAGCUGCAAGCCGAGCUUUCCGAGCCCUCAUCCGAGAGACCCCAGGAGCCUUCCGCCAUCUUGAUCUCUCUCACGUCAAGGCGGUCCAGUUUGAGAUUGACAAGAUCGAUCAUGGAGGCGAGGUCUGGCGCAAUGUUCAACUAGAUGAAAAUGUCACCGAAGAUGACUUCUACUCCGGCCCGCUGAGGGGCAUCUUCUCAACCCUUGGGCGACAGAAUAUUCUGCACAAUGUUCAGACUCUGGUUCUUGACGGGCUCUCUGUGACUUCGGAGCUCUGUCAUGAAAUCAUCAAUGAUGCCAGAUUCAACGUUCGCGUCUUGUCCAUUCGUGAAGUCAAGAACUUGAACCACCGCAAGCUUUGCCAAACACUUCAGUAUGCAUGCCGCCCAACCCGGCGAGCUGGCUCUCCCAGUCUCAAGGCGCUCUAUGUCUUCGGCCCCAGGGACUGGAAUCAAAGGAGCCAGAUGGCUUUGGCAUCCUCGCUACAGCACCAAGGCGACGCUUGGUGGCAUAAGAAGGGCCGCAUCCUGCCUCGAUCCGUCAGCCAGGAGUGGGCCGAUUGCAUGUUUACCUGCCAGGGCAUUAUCGCCUUUGAUGCUGUCCUCUGCCAAGGGCCGCGACACCGCAACUCGCCGGCCUACAAGGGCGGAUCGGAUCUUGAUAGCGCUAGGGCCGUGGCUACUCAUGCUCUCCUUGGCUGUGAGAGCUGCCACGAAGCUCCCGAAGGACUUACUCGCCUGAAUAGCAGCGCAGUUGCCAACUUGCCACUGCUAGCACCGCUGCCUCUCUUUUCUUCGUCCCUUAAAGCGGCGGUCAACCCUAGGGAGCCAUAUAGCUCUUUUGUGCCUCGAUGUAUGGACUGUAUCCGCGAGCGAUAUUGCACUGGCUGCGACAAAUGGUGGUGCGAAUCAUGCUAUGUGCUCCCCGGCCAGAGCUUAGGGGGCCAUUUUGAGACGCAGCCGCGAGUGUCGAAGAGCUGCUGGGAAUGCGGCAACAAUUGCGAUGAUUGCAUUGGCCGUACCCAGCGUGUCUGCAAAAAGUGCUGCGCUGGAUACUGCACUACUCACAAUGAAGGAUGCUCAAUGAACCAUUGCGACUGGUGUGUGUCCCGGGGUCGAGGCCUGGGCCGUCUUUGAUCGACAUGAGCCGUUCUUCCUCUCCCCUCACUUUCCUAAUGCCUUGAAUCAACGGAAACUCUCCCCCUAACUUUGGGUACACAACUCCCAAAUUAUGACGGCGUAUGGAGUACAAUGAGCGAUUCUCUUUUCACCUUUGCAAGCCAUAUUCGCCCGCACACAUAUCCGGUACGGUACCAUGACCUCCCGAUGAUAGCGCUAUGCAUACGAGUACAAUCAACUAGAGGAAUGCCGAAAUACCGAAACGCGCCGAAGAGCCCGGAAUCACGAACGCGUCAUAUCAUACUCUUUAUGAUUAAAGUUCAAUAGACGCAUCUGAUAGGUCCGCAUAUAGUGAUUUGAUGGGAAUUGCCGGCCGGGUGUGAUUUCGGGUAUGAUGGGCUUGUUCUUUGGAUGCACCUAGCCUAGCCUUUUGAAAUCGAACCAAAUGACUGCUCCUCUUGGUUGCAUAUCCCCUCUUCUUCUUGUGGUCGCAGCUUCGUUCUCGUUCUGCUGCAGUGUCGCAUGGUAGAUUGUAUGAUAAUGGGUCUCGGCCUAACCGUAGGUCUUGCUUGGCAGUUUCAUGAUUUGACUUGUUCGCC